GCAUUUCCUUACUUUUUUCUUUCAGAAACUUACUUCAAUAACAGCAUUUUUGCAUUAUAUCUAUGUUCAGUCUUCUUUUAGGAUGGUUGAAAUCAUUCUUCUCUCAGGUUUUGUCACUUUUUCAAAUUGGGUCAGCAAAAUCUGUUUCCUCUCCUCCACCUGAGUCUCAAAUGCUUUCUAUAUUUGUUCGCACCAAUACUGGAGAGAAGAUCCAAGUUCAACUGGCUCCUGAGUGGACUGUUGCUCAACUCAAGACCCAUUUGAAGCCACAGCUUUGCAGCACCCAGCAACAUAUCAAGCUUAUUUUUGCUGGGAAGGAGUUGCCUGAGAGUUUGGUGCUAGGUCAGUGUGACCUGGGCCAGAACAGCGUAUUGCAUGCUGUCAUACUUGUGACAUCUGCUUCAGCCGCAACUCCUCCAACCUCCCCAACUGUGUCUGAUAUCACAAGGAGGGUGCAAGAUGCUGCUAUUGAAGAAUUUCCUCCUGCAAAUUGUUCUGAGAAGCCUAAUUUAACAACAGCUGGAAAAGAAUAUGCAAGUUCAGAGACUUUGACUAGUGAUGCUCGCGACAUGCAGCGGCCAACAAGGCCGUCAAGCACGGACACUUUGGAGUCAUUCACGUUACUGGAUUUGCCUUGUGGUAAGAUUUCUGGAGCUGAGACUCCUGCUGGCGAAGAUGUGGAGGCUGCCCUGGACGCUGCAUUCAGCGAGCAGCGCGAGUGUCAGCGUCUGUUAUGCGAUGCCUCAACUGUCAUCACUAUCCAGCUGUCGCAGGACGAGCAGGAGCAGUUGAGGCAACUCAAGGCUAGUGGUGUGCCGGGCUCAGGAGAACGGCCGCACUUCUACGUGUUCUGCUCGCGCCCGUGUCGCGGCGUGCGUGUUGGCAAGCUGCGGGUGCGCUGCAACCGCUGUGCACAGGGCGCCGUCACCCUGCACGAAGACCCCACAUGCUGGAAGGACGUCCUCACGCCCAAGCAGAUAUUGUGUUGGUGCGAGACUCCUGCGUGCAAGGAGGCCGUCAAGGAAUGCUAUGCUGAGUUCUACUUCAAGUGCAGCGGACACGUGACGUUAGGCGACGACGACGUCGCUGUGCCGCUCUACAUGAUCCGCGCCAACCUGCCUGGCGUGGUGUGCCUGUCCUGCGCCGAAGUGGCAUCCCCUGUGAUCGUGUUCGAGUGCGAGGCGUCCCACGUGCUCUGUCUCGACUGCUUCAUCAACUACUGCCUGUCUAAACUCAGCGAGCGUCAGUUCACUCAUGAUUCUGAGAUUGGUUAUACGUUGCCGUGCCCAGUCAAUUGCUUUGACUCCUACAUUAAGGAGGUACAUCACUUUCGCCUGCUGGGAGAUGAUCAGUACCGUAGAUACCAGCACUGGGCUACUGAAGAAGCCGUCCUGGCUGCUGGUGGAGUUCUGUGUCCGAGACCUGGCUGUGGGCAUGGUCUCUUGCCUGACGCAGACUGCGUGAGGAUAACGUGUGUUGGCGGGUGCGGUUUCGUCUUCUGUCGCUUGUGCCUCCAGGAAUACCACACAGGCGAGUGCUGGCAGCUGGAUCAUGGACAGCCUUUGUCUUCGUUACCGCGGUCAGCGUCGACAGCUUCGUUCAACGUAGACACGAGUCGUGUGGGCGUAGGUGCUCGGUGGGACGUAGCCUCAGCUGCUGCAAUCCAGAGCUUGACGAAAGCAUGCCCGCAGUGCCGCACGCCCACCGAGCGCUCAGGCGGCUGCAUGCAUAUGGUCUGCACACGCGCCUCGUGCCGCUUCAAUUGGUGCUGGGUCUGUCAUAAGGAGUGGACCCGCGACUGCAUGGCCGCCCACUGGUUUGGUUAAGCCAAAAUAAGCUAUUUAUAGGGGGAAAUUAGUGGAAAAGUAUUUGCUGCUCACUUAUUAAUCUAACCCACAUUGUCUAACUCCCGAAAUAAUGUUUAUGUUCUAUCUGUCGGAUACUUUUUUUUACCGCGGCAUCACCUGAAGUUAGUAAAUGAUUAUUUUGCACAAAAAAUAAACGCUAUAAUAGCGUUUUUACGAGAAACGAGACUAGAAAUAAUCCGAUAGGUCUAUGAACCCUUGCUUUAGAAACGUGUGUUCAAAACCUCAAAUGUGAAGAGCGCUGUAGAAGCUCCUCGCGUAGACUAUUUUACCUGCGAGCCGAGCCUCUAUUGUGAUGAUAAUGCAGAGUCUCUGAAAAUGCUUUCAGUCUAUGAAUCUAUUUGAUUUAAAUGGAUAUGAUUUUCAAGGACACUCAGUCCCUCUGAUGUGUCACGUCCGGCUGCUCUAGUCAUUUCCUGUGCGUGGAUGUAUUCUUUAAAGCAAAAAUUAUUCAGCUACGAAAUAGCUAUCGAAUGAUUCAAUUGGUAGAUUAUCCUGAACGAAAGAGGCAGCCUUAUUAUUUCAUAUUCUUUACAUGCAUUUCAAUAAGGCUCAGAACAAUUAAUAACAUUGUUGUUAUGCUGACAUUCAAAAUUAUUAUUUUUUGUCUUAUGCGGCUGAAUAACGCAAACGAAUUUGAUGAGCUCAACCUCAACUACUGCACUUAUAAUUAACAGUGAUAUAAAUAAACCUUCUAUUAUAGAUUUAAUAAUUGAGAUAAUGGAAAAUCUACUUAACGUUGUACAGGUCAUUGUAUCGCCGACUGAGUGAUUCUGACAUGGCUGUGUUGCAAAUGCAAAUCUUGUACAUACUUGCAAAGCUGCUUCUAAUUCUCCUAAAAUCGUGUAAUGCAAUAUCGGUAAUUAAAGAAUACUUUCUUAA